UUUUUUAAUGUUUGGUGUGUUUACAAUUUGAGUAAAUUUUUGAAAAUUAAUGAUUUUGAGAGAUGUGUUUUGUUUUUUACGUGAUUUUAUUAUGUGGGUAUUGGAUUUUGCCUGACCUUUCUCUGUUGGAGAAUCUUUGUUCAAAGAAACGUUUGUUGUGAAGAGGGCUGUGUUGAAUUCUGUUGAAUUAGCUGAAGGUUGUAGCGAUUAUGGUGUUUGGUUGGUUCAAUAAUAGUUUAUGUACAAAUAAGAUGUUUCCAGAUUUUGAUAGGGAUUGAAGAACUGUUUGUCAGAUUAUGAAAUCAAAUCGAGAUGCUUGAUGUGGAAGCUGGGAGGAUAUUGUUGAUUUUAUUGGCAUUUUCCUAUCACCAGCUUUUCUUCUUUUGUCUAGAUUUUCUUUAAUGUUUAUGUGGUUAAGUAAUCACAAGAUGUGCCUUUUUUCCUUCUUCUGAACUAUUGCGAGGCUGCCGGCAUGUUAUUAAAAGAUUUAAGCGUUUAGGGUUUUGCAGAUUUCAGGACCUCUUUUUAUUUCUAUUUUUUUUUGUCCUGUAUCUUUAGUUUGUUUUUGGGCUGUCUUGACUCAUACCAUGUAUAUAUAUAACUCUGACAGCUUGUUCACGUUAUAUUUUUUUUCUCCAUGUUUAUAAAUUUUCUUGAGUUUCUUAUAAAAAAAAUAGAGAAGUGCGCAAUCCCAGAUUCUCAUCCCAAGCAGUUGGGAUUUUUGAUGAAGCUGUGGUAACUUGUGUCAAGGAUUUUAAAUCUGACUCUUUGUUUGCCGUGUAGGUUGAAACUAGUUGCUGCUGAAACUGAUAUGCAUAGAUAGGCUUUUGGUUGAUAUCCUGUCUAUCAGUUGCUCCUAGAUCUAAAAGAUAAAUGAAGAUGCAUGGAUUCUCCACUGUUGAUGGCUUUGUGGAGAUAACUGAAAACUUGACAGAGAUGAUCAAAUUCAUGGCGAAUGAGCCCUCUGUAGGGCUUUUCUAUAUACAGCAGCACACUCAAAAUGCAGUACCGAAUCUUGUUAAUAUCAAGAACAAUCUUGUGGAGAAGUCUCGUGAAACAAGUUUGCACACUGAAGAUUUGGAGGAUUCUGUCAGCAUGGCAAGUUUAAUGAAUGGGUGUGGUUUCUCUAUAGCUGAUGAUAUGAUAAAGGACAUCAUGAAAUCUCUUACAGUUAUGUCAACGACACAACCAAAGAGAGGUUUAAUCCAUAAACGAACUUUCAGUCUUCAGACAGGGAGAACUGGCUCCUGGACCCCCGUUACCUGGGGUCGUGGUUCAGUUCCUGCCAAUCCAGAUGAUGAACUGAAAAGUAGUUAUUUUACAAAUGCAUUCAAGUCAGCAAAACAGAAGGCCAGUAAUUUCAAGUGGCGACUACUUGAUCCGAAAGUUAUCAGCUCAGCACAGGGUGAGAAGCUAUUGUCUUAUCCUACUUCACCACUAUCGGUUGCAUCCGCCGGUACAAAUUCUUCUCAGGCAGAUAUAGACUCAGAUGAACUGCCUCUUUCAAGUCAGUUUGCAGAUGACCUCCAUGAAAAAGAAGAAGAAGGAAAGGAGGUAACCGCUGAUGAUGUCAGCAUAUCAGCCCAAAAAUUAUUGUCAUUGUCAGAAAAUUAUGACGACUUCAAAGCAGAUAAAGAAGCCAAACUUGAAGAAUGGUUGGGAGGGCCUGGCUGUAACUUGGAUAAUUUUGAGAGAGCAACAUAAGGCAGAAAGAAUGUUCAUUAGAUUGUAAAUAGUACUGUUUGUUAUAAAUUCUCCGGGAAAUGAUCUUAUACUGCCUAGUUGUUGUGCCACAGGAUGUUUAUCAAUGGAUCACUCAUGUGAGUAAAAUUAUAUGUACAAAUAAUUUGUAUAAAUUUAUCUUUAUAAACUGAAGUAAUAGAAUUUGAUUGA